GACAAGAGCCGCUUUUCCUCGCGCGGUCUCCUCAAGGAGAUAAUCGAGUAGGAUUGUGACGGAGGACAGUUGUGUGUCUUGGCACCGCUCGCCCCCCUCCCCUCGCAGCCAGGUGUUGCAUUCAAGCGUGAGCCCCUCGUGUCGAUGGAGAGGCACAAGAAGGAGGGUUGAUCCGUGUUGCGGAGCUCACGCGCUCCACUCGGAUCCUGUCUGCGAGCCUCUUGAACAACAACAAGUUGAAGAUAUUGUGUUUCCUCGGGCUCCACGCAACGUUUAAAGAAACGGAUUCUAUUAACGGUUUUCUUCUUCAUUUUUUUUGGCCUUUUCUUUCGGCUGAUGACCUUACCGGAUUUGUCUUUGUGUGGCAUCUUUUCUGAACGUGACAGAAAACAGGAUACGUGAUUUGUGCGUUUUCCUCCACAGCGGAACAUAAUGACAGAGUGAACGGACCCAGCUGUGCCAACGACGCGUUGUUUUUGGGUUAACAUUUAAAGAUGCCAUUUUCUGCAGUCUCCGAAAGCUAUUGACUGACACCUCGUGCACCCCAAACCCCCGCCUUGUUUUUCAAGGAUCCCGGCUCUCCGUGGCGCCGCGGCAUCCUGAUGGUGCGGACGGUCGGCGCACGGUGGCUCGAGCAGCCGCUUGGACACACCGCCCGGGGAUUUUUAGGCUUCAGCACAGAGACACAGUGCAUGGUGAUGAUGGUACGCGGUUAAUCCGGGAGAUGCUUUUCCAGCCGAGUUGGAUUUAUUUGCUGUUUCUUCAGUGGAAUCGUUCGCGUGACGAUGACCUCCAGCCGCGCUUUACCCAGUGCCGUGCUCGCAGCAAUCCGAGAGAGAAGCACGCACCCCCGGUUAGAUGCGCACGAGAGGACGUCGUCCCCCCAAAAUCGCUGAGAUAACUUACAGCCGGGAAGGGAGGGGUACUAUUCACCAAAACAAACGAUAGGAGAAGAACAUAAUAACAACAGCAGCAACAAGCAGCAGUGAUGGAACUGUCUGAGGUCCGGUGCUCCAGCGCGAGCGAGGAGCUGUACACCAUCAACAAGACCCCGAGCAGCAGCAACAACAGCAACAGCAGCGGCAGCGCGCGACCCAAACGGCUGCUGUGGCAGAACGCUGUGCGACACAUCACCGAGCAGCGGUUCAUCCACGAGCAGGGCGGGGGAGGAGGGGUGAAGGGCAUCGGGCAGGACGAGCCCUACGACCCGCAGGACGCACGGAAGCAGUCGGCGGGGCGGACGUCAGUGGGAGACCGGCACAACAACGGCGGGACCAAGGUGUUCCCGGAGCGCGCCAGCAGCGACUUGGGAUUUUUGCAGAUCGAUUGUGCGCCGAGCAACUCUGACUUCUUCCUGAACUGGGGCUACACGUACCGGGGCGUCAUCUUCCCCACGCUGCGCAACGCCUUCAAGUCCCGCGACCUGGAGCAGCUUUACCAGCGCUACUUUCUGGGUCAGAGACGCAAGUCGGUGGUAGUGAUGAACAUCCUGGACGUGGUGACCAAGAUCACCCUGCUGGUACUUCACCUCACCCUGGCCUCCUCCCCGAUGGACCCGAUCAAAGGGACGCUGCUGGGCUUCUUCACGGGCGUCGAAGUCGUCAUUUGUGCCUUAGUGGUGGUGCGGAAGGACACCACGUCGCACAGCUACCUGCAGUACAGCGGCGUGGUCACCUGGGUGGCCAUGGCCACGCAGAUUCUGGCGGCCGGGCUGGGCUACGGGCUGCUCGGUGAUGGGGUUGGGUACGUGCUGUUUACCCUGUUUGCCACAUACAGCAUGCUGCCUCUGCCGCUCACCUGGGCCAUCCUGGCCGGCCUGUUCACCUCGGGGCUCCAAAUCCUGGUCCAGAUGCUCAUUUCCCAGAAUGCACCACUCUCUACCAACCAGGUAGCGGCUCAGGCUGUGUUGUUCAUGUGUAUGAACACUGCUGGGAUAUUCAUCAGUUACCUGUCGGACCGGGCUCAGCGCCAGGCCUUCCUGGAGACGCGGCGCUGCAUCGAGGCUCGGCUGCGACUCGAGACAGAGAACCAGAGACAGGAGAACCACUGUCUACGAAUAAAGAUCCUGGGAGACUGUUACUACUGUGUGUCGGGUCUGCCGGAGCCCAGACAGGACCACGCACACUGCUGUGUGGAGAUGGGCCUCAGCAUGAUAAAAACCAUCAGAUACGUGAGAUCACGUACGAAACACGACAUCGACAUGCGUAUUGGGAUCCACUCGGGCUCUGUGCUGUGUGGUGUGUUGGGACUCAGGAAGUGGCAGUUCGACGUCUGGUCCUGGGACGUGGACAUCGCCAACAAGCUGGAGUCUGGAGGCAUCCCAGGGAGGAUCCACAUCUCCAAAGCAGCUUUGGACUGUUUGAACGGUGACUACGAGGUGGAGGAGGGCCACGGGAAGGACCGCAACGACUUCCUCCGCCGCCACAACAUCGAGACAUACCUCAUCAAACAGCCGGAGGAGAGUCUGCUCAGCCUGCCGGAGGACAUCAUGAAGGAGGCGGCCAGCUCAUCCGACCGCCGCACCAGCAGCACCACCUUUAAUGAAGCGUCCUGGAAUCCAGAGCUUCCCUUCGACAACAUCGUGGGGAAGCAGAACACUCUGGCUGCCCUAACCAGACAUUCGAUAAAUCUGCUUCCAAACCAUCUCGCACAAGCUUUGCAUGCCCACUCUGGUCCUGAGGAAAUUAACAAGCGAAUAGAGAGCGCCAUCGACUUACGGAGUGGCGAUAAGUUGAGAAGAGAGCAUAUCAAGCCUUUCUCUCUGAUGUUUAAAGACGGCAGCCUGGAAGAGAAGUACUCACAGAUGAGGGACGAGGUAUUCAAGUCCAACCUGGUGUGCGCUUUCAUCGUGCUCAUCUUCAUCACCACCAUCCAAGGCUUGCUUCCCUCUGCCAGGAUGGUAACCAUGGUGAUCCAGUUCUCGGUCCUCAUCGUCCUCCAUUGCUGUCUGGUCCUGGUUACAACGGCGGAAGACUACAAGUGUCUGCCACUCGUCCUGCGCAAAGCCUGCUGCUGGAUCAACGAGACGUACACGGCGCGAAACGUCAUCAUCUUCAUCUCCAUCCUCAUCAACUUCCUGGCAGCCAUGAUCAAUAUACUGUGGUGCGACUUCGAUAAGUCCGACAGCACCUUCAGCAACCAGACGUACAACGAGUCGUCCUCCAUCCCAGAUAUCUGCUUCUACCCAGAGUAUUUUGUGUUCACGGGGGUCCUGGCGAUGGUGACGUGUGCGGUGUUCCUGCGGUUGAACUCGGUGUUGAAGUUGGCGGUGCUGCUGGUGAUGAUCGCCAUCUACUCGCUGCUGACCGAAGCUUUCUACACUUCGCUGUUUGUUCGCUACGACACCGUGCACAACAACACAGAAAACUUCCUGGGGACCAAAGAGACGUCUUUGCUCCUGAUGGCCAUGUUCCUCCUGGCUGUGUUCUACCACGGCCAGCAGCUGGAGUACACUGCCCGGCUGGACUUCCUGUGGCGCGUUCAGGCCAAAGAGGAAAUCAACGAGAUGAAGGAGCUACGAGAACACAACGAGAACAUGCUGAGGAACAUCCUGCCCAGCCAUGUUGCCCGACACUUCCUGGAGAAGGACCGCGACAACGAGGAGCUGUACUCCCAGUCCUACGACUCUGUGGGCGUGAUGUUUGCAUCCAUCCCGGGCUUCGCAGACUUCUACUCCCAGACUGAAAUGAACAACCAGGGAGUCGAGUGCCUCAGGCUCCUCAACGAAAUCAUUGCCGACUUUGACGAGUUGCUUGGUGAGGAUCGUUUCCAGGACAUCGAGAAGAUCAAGACGAUCGGUAGCACCUACAUGGCCGUCUCCGGUCUGUCGCCGGAGAAACAGCAAUGUGAAGACAAAUGGGGACACCUGUGUGCGUUGGCUGACUUCGCCAUCGCCCUCAACGAGAGCAUCCAGGAGAUCAACAAGCACUCGUUCAACAACUUCGAGCUGAGGAUCGGUAUGGCCCACGGCUCGGUGGUGGCCGGUGUGAUCGGAGCCAAGAAGCCUCAGUACGACAUCUGGGGGAAGACCGUGAACCUGUCCAGCCGGAUGGACAGCACGGGGAUCAGCGGCAAGAUCCAGGUGCCAGAGGACACGUACCUGAUCCUGAAGGAGCGCGGCUUUGCCUUCGAAUACCGCGGCGAGAUCUACGUGAAGGGCAUCAGCGAGCAGGAGGGAAAGAUCCGAACACACUACCUGCUGGGCCGCGUGCAGCCCAACCCGCUCAUCAUGCAGCCGCGCAAAAUCACUGGCCAGUACUCGUUGGCGGCCGUGGUGCUCGGUCUGGUGCAGUCUCUCAACAGGCAGAAGCAAAAGCAGAUCCUCAAUGAGAACAACAACUCGGGCAUCAUGAAGGGCCACCACCACUACAACCGGAGGACGUUGUUAGCGCCCGGUACCUCCGAGGUAGGAGGGGGACAUCACACCGAGGCAGCUGAGAAGACCGAGCUGUCCUGAGAAGCAGAUUGGUGUUUCAGUUGCACACAGAUUCCUCAGAGGCAGAGCGGCUCUACAGGCAGACACCAUCCCCGGGGUUGAGUUAUAUCAGCGUGUGCAGCCUUCCAACUUAGUAACAUUAGGACAGAAACGCAGGUGGAAGUUCUUCCGGCGUCAUUGCAGCUUUAUUAUUUGAGUACUGAGACCCAGAUGUUGGACCAGUCAUUGUUUUGCAAGUCACAAGUAAGUCUCAAGUUUCAAGUCCUGCACGAGUCAUAACGCACGUUUCACACACUGCAACAUGUUCUCUGCUGACCACCACAUAGUGUUUCCACACAAACAGAAGUAUCUUUGGUAGAAUGUUCUCCAGCUGGCGCUCAGUGACGUCGGUACUUCCUGCUUUUCUCCUGCAGCUUGAUUUGAUGCUGUCGGUUCAAACUAAGCUGAUCUGUGAAUCAAGUGUCGACUUGCUUGGAAUGAAACGUGGACGUUGAUUCAGGAGAUUAACUGAUUCGUGGGACGCUUAUAAAAAACCCAGAUGUUUUGAUCUUCGGGCUUGGAGGAAGGUUUUUAGGUAUUUCAAGUGAAAAGGCUGAAGUUUAAAUAAAGUCACCAGUCGUUGGUGUUAAAGAGUUAAAUUGUGCCUCAAGUCUGACUCGAGUCGACAGAUCUGCUGAAAGCUACGCCCGGUUUCAGACCGGCCACACGUAUCUGUGGUCGCUGACCUCUCAGAUCAACAUGCAUGAGAUGGAUGCAGCUUCUGAUUCGACUGUCGGCGGGAUGAAUACACUCGUUACUCUCGUUAGGAUGAAAUGAAAUCUAUUCAAACCUUCUGUCCCUGAUGCUCCAACGAUGCUUCUCCAAAGAUGUGUGUCAUGGUUGCUGCAGGUCUAUGCAGAGAAGGGUGUCGCAGGCUUGCACAGGUCACAUUUCUCUUUCGAAUUUCACGUCAUUUGCACAUUUUGCAUCUUUAUGUAACCGUUUGAACACCUUCACACCUCAAAGAUACGAUAAGAGUGUUAAUGUGUCUCUGUGACAAACACUGAAUGUAAACAGAACGUUGUUUACAAGGGCCACCAUCAGUCUUUCAUCAAGCUGGAGGAUAUCAGCAGACAGCUUGCUACCUGCUCAUUUCCACUGAGCGUACUCGUGUGAACGUUUAUGGAACCGAACCUUCUUCCCCUCAACAUCUUGAAUGUCAUGUCAGGAUGAACUCGUGCAGGUUCCUCUGGCUGCUGCCGCUCAGGUUUAACUCAACCAGUGAGAUGGUUUCUGCCUCCUGAAGCUGCUCUGCUUGUGACGAAUGUGUGUCCAACUGAAACUCCACUUUGUUCCUGAAAGAUGAAGAGGAGGAUGAGGAUGAAGAGGAGGAGGAGGAGGUGGGGUAAGGAGGGAGGGAUUGGACAGGACUUCUGCGUUCUGUUUCCACCCCCCCCCUCAUCUGUUCGAUGUUUGUUCGAAUGAUCCCCUCGGACUGUCUGACUUCCCUCCUGUCGUUUCCACUUCCCCUUUUGAUGUCACCCCCGCCCCGCCCCGCCCCGCCCAAAACCCAGAACCCUGUCCCGCUCCGACCUCGCCCGGUGUCCAUGUUUCUUUUUUGUAUUUCUUUUAUAUAUGAGAAAACAAUAAAAGGGGUCUCAUUUUUUAUACAA